CCGCCCGCCCCGUCCCACCCCGCCCCGCCCCGUCCUGCCUCGGCGGCUCCGGCCCGGCCCCGCUCCGCCCCGGCACUGCACGGCACGGCCCGGCACGGCCCGGCAGCGCCCAGAUGCAAUGGUGACCCAUCCUCUGUGUGUCCCGACCCUGCUCAGAGCUGAGCACCAUCAAUAACACCAUGCUGGUGGCACUGUGCAGCAUGGGGCUGCUGUGCCACAUGUGCCUCUUGCUGGCGCUUGCCCUGGCCCCACUGGGCGCCAGUGCCUGGCAGUGUCCCCGCAUCCCCUACAGCUCCACCAGGAACUUCUCCAUCCCCUAUGUGCUGCCUGGCCUCGAUGCUGGCAGCCUUGUGCAGAAUGUUGCCGUCUUUGCUGACUCCACUGGUCCAGCUGCUGUCUUUGUGGCCAUCCGCAACCGCAUCCUGCUGGCCAACCCCGAGAUGCGGCUCCUUUCCAUCCUCAUCACCGGCCCAGUGGGCAGCACUGAGUGCCAGAUCUGCCGCCUGUGUCCAGCUGUCACAGAUGGCCCUGAGGACACAGACAACGUCCUGCUGCUGCUGGACCCGUUGGAGCCGUGGCUGUACAGCUGCGGCACGUCACGGCAUGGCCUGUGCUACCAGCACCAGCUGGAGGUGCGUGAUGGCGAGGUGGCCAUCGCAACCACGCACUGCCUGUACUCAGCCACGGGCAACAGACCCAUGUCCUGCCCUGACUGCGUGGCCAGCCCCCUGGGGACUAGUGCCACUGUGGUGGCCACCUCCUACGCCUCUUUCUUCUACCUCGGCUCCACCAUAAACAGCAGCGUGGCAGCACGGUACAGUCCGCAGUCAGUGUCUGUCCGCAGGCUGAAGGGCACUUUGGAUGGCUUUUCGGAUGACUUCCAGUGGCUGACGGUGCUGCCACGCUACCAGGACAAUUACACCAUCCACUAUGUGCACUCCUUUACUGACGGGGACCACGUCUACUUCUUGACGGUACAGCCGGAGCGGCUGGGCUCUGCGGCAUACCACACACGAUUGGCACGGCUCAGUACCCACGAGCAUGACCUCCGCCGCUACCGCGAGCUUGUCCUCGACUGCCGCUUCGAGUCCAAGCGCCGCCGGCGGCGGCGGCACAGCGGAGAGGGGGACACAGAGCACGACAUCGCCUACAACGUGCUGCAGGCUGCCCAUGCCACCCGCCCCGGUGCGCGCCUGGCCCGCGACCUUGGCAUCAAUGACACCGACACAGUGCUUUUUGGAGCCUUCGCCGAGAGCUGGCCAGAGAGCCGGCUGCCGCGGGAGAACUCAGCCGUCUGCGCCUUCCCGCUCCGCCUGCUUGCCCAGGCCAUAGAGGAGGGCAUGGAGAAGUGCUGCGGCACUGGACACCCAGCACUGCUGCGUGGGCUCAGCUUCUUCCAGCCAGUGGAGUAUUGCCCGCACAACGUGAACCUCUCGGCACCAGUGACCAACACCAGCUGCUGGGACCAGCCCACCCUUGUCCCUGCCGCCUCCCAUAAGGUGGACCUGUUCAACGGGCACCUGGCUGGUGUUCUCCUCACCUCCAUCUUCGUCACCGCCCUGGGGGAUGUCACUGUUGCCCACCUGGGCACAGCAGAGGGACGCGUCUUCCAGAUGGUGCUCCAGCGCUCCAGCUCCUACCUCCUCACCUUGGCCAACUUCUCCCUGGGGGAGCCGGGGCCAGUACGGGGUGCCCUGGGGCUGCAGGGCCACUCGCUGUUCUUCACUGCCGGCACCAAGGUGUGGCAGCUGAAUGUCACCGGCCCUGGGUGCCGCCACUUCUCCACAUGUCAGCGCUGCCUGCGGGCUGAGCGCUUCAUGGGCUGCGGCUGGUGUGGGGACAGGGAUGGCUGCACCCGCCACCACGAGUGUGCCGGCCCCUGGGUCCAGGAUAGCUGUCCCCCCGUCCUCACUGACUUCCACCCCAGGAGUGCCCCACUGCGGGGCCGGACACGGGUGACACUCUGUGGCAUGACCUUCCACUCCCACUGGGACCCCGACCCUCACCGCAGCCCCCCCACCACCUACCAGGUGGCGGUGGGGCAGCGAGGCUGUGCCGUGCUGCUGGAGGAGAGCAGGAGCCACAGACCCCUGCCCGCCUCCCACCACAAGGACUUUGUGGAUGUGCUGGUGUGUGAGCUGGAGCCGGGGGGGCCAGCAGCGGUGGGGGGCCCGGUGGAUGUAGUGCUCACAGUGGAGGAACCUGCCAGACCCUCUGCUUUCCACGUCCAUGGCUCCACAACCCUCAGCGGCUUUGUCUUCGUGGAGCCCACCAUCAGGACCCUACACCCCCCAUUUGGCCCCCAAGGGGGUGGCACUUACCUCUCACUCCAUGGCACCAACCUCUUGGCGGGGAGCAGCUGGCGGGUGAUGGUCAACGGCUCUGAAUGUCCACUGGCUUGGGAGCCCAGGCAGGGUGAUGGGGCGAUCCGGUGCGUGGCUCCUGCUGCUGGUGGCCUGGGCACAGCCUGGGUGGCCCUGUGGAUCGAUGGGGAGGAGUUCCCAGCCCCUCUGCUCUUCCAGUACCGUCCCAACCCCUCCGUGUCGGCCAUCACCCCCAGCUGCAGCUUUGAGGGCUCGAUGCUGACCAUCAUUGGCACCCACCUGGACUCUGUGUAUAGCACCAAGAUCCGCUUUGAAGCCAAUGGUGUGAGGACCAAAGCUACAGAGUGUAAGGGCCCGCGGGCACCGGAGCAGCUGCUGUGCCGCAGCCCAGCCUUCCCCUUUGAGACCAAGGUGGAGACGGCGCUGGGGAACCUGAGUGUGCUACUGGAUGGUGUCACCAGCCCCUGGCUCUUCCGCCUGCGCUACUACCCCAAGCCCAAGGUCUAUCCCUUCGAGAAGGAGGACAGGCGCCUCCGCCUCAAGCCUGGAGAUGAUGAGAUCGAGGUGCAUCAAUUGGGGCUGGACACCGUGGCCGCCUGCAUGAACAUCACCAUGACAGUGGGCGGCCAGCACUGCCACCCCAAUGUCCUGAAGAACGAGGUGACGUGCCGCCUGCCCCGUGAGCUGCGCCUGCGCCCAGCUGGGGCGCCUGUGGAGAUCUGCGUGAACAGUGCAUGCGAGGCGCUGGGCUGGGUGCUGCCCCCUGCUGCCUCUCUGGACCUGGCCGCCAGCCUGGCCCUGGGCACCAGCAUCACCUUCCUGCUCUGCUGCGUCCUGGCCGCCGUGCUGCUCCGCUGGCGCUGGAGCAAGAGGAGGGGGACGGAGAACCUGGAGUUGCUGGUGCAGCCCGGCCGCAGUGACCCCCCCACCACCACCCAGCGCCCUGGUGUUGACUACAGAGAGGUGCUGGUACUGCCCACGGCAGGCAGUCCCGGACCGGUGAGGCCGCAGGCACGCUUUGCUGGCGCUGGCGCCGGUGCCAGUGUGGCAGGUGGUGGCUCCCCCAUGCCCCUGCUCAGGGUCACAUCCUGCUGCCUGGAGGACCUGCGGCCAGAGCUGCUGGAGGAGGUGAAGGACAUCCUCAUCCCUGAGGAGCAGCUUGUCACCCACCGCCACCAGGUCAUCGGCAAAGGGCACUUUGGCAGCGUCUACCAUGGCACCUACACGGACCCGCUGCUGGGGAACCUCCACUGUGCCAUCAAGUCCCUGCACCGCAUCACGGAUGUGGAGGAGGUGGAGGAGUUCCUGCGUGAGGGCAUCCUCAUGAAGAGCUUCCACCACCCGCACGUGCUCUCGCUGCUGGGGAUCUGCCUACCGCGCCAUGGACUGCCACUCGUCGUCCUGCCCUACAUGCGCCAUGGGGACCUGCGCCACUUCAUCCGUGCAGAGGAGCGGAGCCCCACGGUGAAGGACCUCAUCGGCUUCGGGCUGCAGGUGGCCCUGGGCAUGGAGUACCUGGCCCAGAAGAAGUUUGUGCAUCGGGACCUGGCAGCCAGGAACUGCAUGCUGGAUGAGACACUGACAGUGAAGGUGGCUGACUUCGGCCUGGCACGGGACGUGUUCGGCAAGGAGUACUACAGCGUCCGGCGUCACCGCCAUGCCAAGCUGCCUGUCAAGUGGAUGGCUUUGGAGAGCCUCCAGACCCAGAAAUUCACCACCAAGUCGGACGUGUGGUCCUUCGGGGUGCUCAUGUGGGAGCUGCUGACACGAGGGGCUCCGCCAUACCCCGAGGUGGACCCCUACGACAUGGCCCGGUACCUGCUGCGAGGGCGACGUCUGCCACAGCCCCACCACUGUCCCCACACACUGUAUGGGGUGCUGCUGAGCUGCUGGGCGCCGGCACCUGAGGAGAGGCCAUCCUUCGCGGGGCUGGUGGGCGAGCUGGAGCGUGUCCUGGCCACACUGGAGGGCGAGCACUAUGUCAACCUGGCUGUCACCUACGUCAACCUGGACCGUGGCCCCCCGUUUCCCCCGGCCCCUCCGGGCCAGCUGCCUGAUGGUGAGGAUGAGGAUAAUGAGGAGGAUGAGGAGGAGGAAGAUGAGGAGGAGGAAGAAGAGGAGAAGGACCCAGCCGUGUGCUGAUGGGGUGCCCUGCACCAUGGAGACUCCCAGGCCCCCAUACACCGUAAGGGCACCCGCUCAGGAGGGAUGCGAGAUGCAGCUAGGUGCUAUGGGGCAUCCUCUCUAUGGGAGGCGCUGGGUGCAGUGGGUGCUGGCUCACACCCGGACCCGGUGGGUGCUCACCAGGCUCAGUCCCACACCUGUGGGGUGCCGUGGGGCUCCGUCCUGCCCUGGCUGGGUGCUGGGUGGCUCAGCCCCACAGCAGUGAGGCGGUGCCAUGGGUUCUGGGGCUCAGCCCUGCAGCAGCUGGAUGCUGGGGGCCCCAAGCCCAGCCCCACACCAGUGAGGCUGUGCUGUGGUGCACUGGCUCAGCCCCAGCAGGUGCUGGGCAGGGACAUGGCCCACCCAGGGAUCCUGUGGCCUUUCCAGCCCCUUGUCUGUUCAAAUUGCUCAUUAAAAAUGAUUUAUAUUUUUUCCUGG